AUGUCCUGGCACGGCGUCGUUGAAACAGGUGGGACCUUCGAGCCCGAGCCUGGUCGGUACCAUCUGUACAUCGGACUAUUUUGCCCAUUUGCACACCGCGUGAACCUGAUCCGGCAUCUUAAGGGUCUGAUUAGCUUUAUUGACAUCUCCAUCGUCAAGCCGUACCCAAAAGGCGACGAGAAGGGCUGGCCAGGCUGGAGAUUUCCAAAGACUGACGAUGAAUACCCAGAUGCGACGCGUGACAGGCUGUUUGGAAGCGAAUAUAUGCAUGAGAUCUACUUUCGCGCGGAUAAAUCCUAUCAGGGCCGGUACAGUGUGCCUGUUCUGUGGGAUACGAAGACCAACACUAUCGUAAAUAAUGAAAGUCAUGAGAUUUUGCGGUUUCUGGAGAAUGCCUUUAAUCCUCUGUUAUCUGAUGAAUAUCGGGUACGGAAUUACUAUCCGGACCAUCUACGAGAUAAGAUCGACGAGGUCUGCGACUGGAUGCAACGGGAUCUCAACACUGGAGUCUACAAGGCUGGAUUUGCUCCUAACCAGGAGGUGUACGAUGAGAAUGUGGUGCCUGUGUUCGAUACCUUGAAGAGACUGGAGAAACUCCUUGCGGAAAACAAUGGAUCUUACAUCCUUGGGGAGGAGAUGACGGAGGUUGAUCUUCGGUUGUAUCCGACCCUCAUACGCUUCGAUACGGUUUAUGUUCAGCAUUUCAAGUGCAAUCUUGGUACCCUUCGGCAUGACUAUCCACGAUUGAACAAUUGGCUGAAGAAUCUGUAUUGGAAUGUUUCAGGCUUCAAGGAGACGACCAAUUUCAAACACAUCAAGGAGAAUUAUACCAAGAGCCAUUACGAUAUCAACCCAAAGGCUAUCACCCCAAUGGGACCCGUUCCCGAUAUUGAGGAGGAUGUAGAGCAGCAGUUUGACAAGUUGAGAAUCGGUAACGUGAGGCUUCCGUAA